CAAUUGAUUUAAGAUUGAUGAUAUGUGAAACCUAGCCGCCAUCAUCCGGACAGGGCAUGGAAGGUUCAAUUCCAUGAACACACAGGGAGAGGAAAGAGGGAGCCAUUGCUCACUAUGACAGCUUCAUUUGUCAACCACUUCCUGCUUCUCUCUCUCUCUCUCUCUCUCUCUCUCUCUCUCUCACCAAAUCCCUCUACGGCCUUUAGCUAAGAGGGUCAGAACAAACAGCCCCAUAUAAAAUAUGAGUUAUUGAUCUCUCCAUACACUUCCAAAAUUCCCUUGUUCCGAAUCAAACAAACCAACUCAUAAAAGUAUAAAUUCUUCCUAGCGAAGAUUUGGGCAUCUGGGAUUUUCCUGCUUUUGCUUUUUUGCUUUUUUUCCCUGGAAAAUCCGACCGAGAAAGGCCUUUGAUCUUCCUUCCCUCUUCAGUCGUCUUCCGCAUCAAAGUGGGUGUGGUGGGUUUUGCUUUGCUUUGCUUUGGCUGGCUUUCUGACCAACCCAUCACUGCUUUUCCUGCUUUCAAGCUGUUCUCCAAAUUCUCCACACCUCCUAGUUCCAAUUCCCAAUUCCUGGACUGAAAAUUAAUGGGAAAAGCUUCUUCUUAAAGCUUAGCGUGUGUCGUUGAUUGGGUAAGAGUGUGUGUUUGUGUGUGUGGAAUGGUGUGAUUGAAGUCGGAUUGAAUUUAGUUGCGGAGAGGAGAGAUGGUGGUGAGGAAGGUUGGGAAGUACGAGUUGGGAAGGACGAUCGGCGAGGGGACCUUCGCCAAGGUGAAGUUCGCCCAGAACACCGAGACUGGGGAGAGCGUUGCCAUGAAAGUUCUCGAUCGCGGCACCAUCAUCAAGCACAAGAUGGUCGACCAGAUUAAGAGGGAGAUAUCUAUAAUGAAGCUUGUUCGACACCCAUAUGUUGUUCGUCUGCACGAGGUUCUUGCAAGCCGUACAAAAAUCUAUAUUAUCUUGGAGUUCAUUACAGGUGGCGAAUUGUUUGAUAAAAUAGUUCAACAAGGGCGGUUGAGUGAAAAUGAUUCUCGGAGAUAUUUCCAACAGCUCAUUGAUGGUGUGGAUUAUUGCCACAGUAAAGGAGUCUACCACAGAGACUUGAAGCCUGAAAAUCUUCUACUAGAUUCUCAAGAAAAUCUAAAAAUUUCAGAUUUUGGUUUAAGUGCAUUACCUGGACAAGGAGUCAGCCUCCUUCGGACAACUUGUGGGACUCCCAACUAUGUAGCUCCGGAGGUGCUCAGUCACAAGGGUUACGAUGGUGCUGUGGCUGAUGUUUGGUCCUGUGGCGUCAUCCUUUAUGUUCUGAUGGCCGGCUACCUCCCAUUUGAUGAACUUGAUCUUGCAACUUUGUACAUUAAGAUUGAGAGAGCGGAGUUUUCAUGCCCAUCUUGGUUUCCCAUAGGGGCAAAAUCUCUAAUUCAUAAAAUUUUAGACCCAAAUCCUGAAACUCGUAUACGGAUUGAUCAGAUUAGGAACGAUGAGUGGUUUAGUAAGGGGUAUGUUCCAGUCAGACUUCUCGAAUAUGAAGAUGUUAAUCUGGAUGAUAUAAAUGCUGCUUUUGAUGAUCCUGAGGAGCUGCACUCCAGCGAGCAACGUGGGAAUGAAGAGAUGAGUCCACUAAUUCUAAAUGCAUUUGACCUAAUUAUUCUUUCUCAAGGCUUGAACCUUUCAUCUCUGUUUGACCGUGGGCAGGACUCUUUGAAACAUCAGACACGCUUUGUUUCACAGAAACCAGCUAAGGUUGUUCUAUCAAGUAUGGAAGUUGUUGCACAGUCCAUGGGUUUCAAGACACAUAUUCGUAAUUAUAAGAUGAGGGUGGAAGGUCUUUCAGCAAAUAAGACUGCACAUUUCUCAGUUAUUCUGGAAAUAUUUGAAAUAGCUCCCACAUUUUUCAUGGUAGAUAUUCAGAAAGCAGCUGGAGAUGCUGGUGAAUACCUUAAGUUUUACAAGAACUUUUAUAGCAACCUUGAGGAUAUUGUUUGGAAGCCAGCUAGUGAAUCAAGCAAAUUAAGGAUCAGCAAGACGAAGUGUAAAAGGCAUUGAUUUUAUUCCUUGCGACAUUGCCAGAUGUGUGUCCAUACAAGGUUACUUCUUUUAAAUGACUCAUGCAGGUGUUGCUGCGCUGGUGCUCCAGCUUCUGUCCGUGCUUAAAUUUUAUACAACUCCCAGCUUCACCCCCAACCCCUACCCCUGUCAAUGGAGAAAGAUCCCCUCGUUUUUGUAUGAUUAGCGUUUGUAAAUCUGCAUCUAUCGAAAGGGAUCUUUUGCUAUUGUAUGACAUUAUGUAGCCGAAAGGGUGUCCAAGAGUUCAAGUUGUCAAGUAUUGCACCAUUUUGAAUGAAUGGAUUUCUCAUAGUUGAUAAUUUUGAAA